GCGCUGCGUUGCACGUUCGACCGCCAUGGCGCGCUUCAGCGGCCGCAUCUACGACUUUGUCGCGUGGGAGGCGACGCUGAUGGCGACGCUCGCCACGCGCCAGCGCAACGUCGAGGUCGUCUUUGCGCAGAAAGGGCUUGCGGCGCCCGCAGUCUCGUACAUUGAGCUGCUCACGACGCUCGAGCCGCCGCCGUCCCGCGUGCAGUCGGUUCUGAUCACCGACCUGCGCAAGACGUUGUUCGCGAGCUUGCCGUCGUCGUUUGUAACCGAGUGCCUCUCCAAGUCGAUGCCUAUCCACGAGUUGUGGGCGGCCGUCGUUGACGAGUACCAUCCGUCGUCGCACGCGCCCAUGGAGCGACUCCUCGCCGACUUGUUUGACGAGGUGUUUGACGCAAACUUUGACUGCAUCCACGAGCUCAUCCAGCGCAUGCACAAUAUCGUCAUGAGCGUCAACGACUACACACGGCGCACGCGCGGCCGCGCGCUCCUCACGGACGCCCUCGUGCUCGAGCGAUUGCUGCUUGCACUGCCAAAGGCCUGCGCCGACCUUGUGCCGCCCGGCCCCGUCAAUCUUGACGCGUUUGGACAGCGGCUCGUUGAAAAAUGUGGGCACAUGCCCCGCAGCGACAUCAUGGUGUCGUACGAAGGCGACCCGCCGCUGGCCCAGCAAGGUAUCCCGACCCGCGACCGCCUCUUUCAAGACGUAGCUCCACCGACACAGGCGUCGCUCCCGACCAAGCGCAAGCGCCCUCGCCAGUCGCUCGACUCAGACGUCGCAUCAAAAAAAGUGCGCUGUCUCUAGCGAUCGCCUUGUAUGGGCUACGUGGUAAUGGUGUCGUUGUAUGUCAAUCGAUGGGACGCGUUCGCGAUCACG